UUCACAACUUCUGAUUCACAAAUUUCCUCAAUUUUUCUAGACUGCUGCUCUUGACAUGGUUAAUUAUGGCGUCUCUCGCGCGUGCGAGACAUGCAAAAAGCGGCGUAAAAAGUGCGAUGAGACUCGUCCAUCUCGCAGGCGAUGUCCUGGCUAUAAAGACAACACCUCACUGUUAUUUCGACACUAUCAGCCUUCAACACCGCCGUUAGAGCGAUGGCAUCCCAGCACUGACUUCAUUCUUGAGGCUACUGCACUCGAUAUCUUUCUUGAUAAUCUAGUGGUUCAAUCUCGCGAUCGAAGUCACUCACGUGGUUUUCUCGAUGGGAUGCAUUAUCUCUUUGCUACCUCUGCUCCAACGUCGACUUUGAUGAGAGCUGCCAGAAUUGUUGUUCUUUCAUCACUCGCAAACCGCUAUAGGCGAGACUCGCUGAUGAGUUUAGUUCGAAGACAGUAUGGACAGGUCUUAGUUGAUUACACCACAGAUUUGUCACAGCAAACUGCGAGUCCAUCUGUAGAGCACUUCUUCACCGCAGUACUAUUGGGUUUAUACGAGCUUGUAGCAAGUGACAAUGCCUCUCCGACCAAGCAUCUAAUUCAUGUUCGGGGGCUCGCGUCCAUCCUCUCAGAAGGCAUUACAUGUUCGGCACCAGAAUCGAAAGUGAGCGUCUAUUCUCCCGGAAUGCGUCUCGUCACAAAAGGCAUCAUGACUCAUCAAACAGGCACUGGUAUUCUGUGCCCUCCUCUUGAUGAUACCUAUCGUCGAUCUCUAGAUGACAUUAUCAUCAAGAUGUCACCUCUGACAAGUCGAGCGGAGAAGCUACUCACCGAUCCCUUUCCUCCCGUGUUGGAGCUUUUGGAGCUGCAACAAGACUUGUUGGCGAUUGAUGAUGAGAUUACGUACUGGGCCUAUGACCGGCCCCCUAGCUGGAAUCCAGAAGUGGUCGGUGAAGUCUGGAAAGAUCCGGCAACAUCAGAAGAGGCCACUUUCUAUUGUGCCGGCCCAGUUGAGAAGUACUUCGAUAUAUACGUCGCAACUGCAUGGAACUCAUGGCGUUCAAUACACGCCCUCUAUCUUGACCACCUCGUACAUAUUGCUAAUUCCCUUGGACAGUAUGAGCUUGUUCCUCUAUAUAAAGAACGAAUUGAUGACCUGGCUGCGGGGAUCAAGGCAUCCAUUCCGUUCCAUCUGUCUCACGACAUUGAGACCUACAUCCAGCAAGCAAAUGCCGGAACUCCCCUUGUCCAGUCAGACCGGUUGGUAGGAGGCCUAUUACUUCUUCAUCCUAUGUAUGCCCUUGCUCGGUGUACCAUUGUCGAUGACGCAACCAGAAAGUACAUGUCCAAAACUCUGAGGUGGAUCGGUGAUGAGAUGGGAAUUCGACAUGCGACCAUUCUUGCGGAUGGCCUUCAGCCUUAUAUGCAAGGACCUUCCGCGAUGCAGAGCUCCAAAAUGUCGUUUAUUGAUGCACUCGAUGGGCAUUUCCUGAUUACCGCGAGCAUGAUGUUAGAGCCUCAACAGGUCCCGAGUGCCGUUUGAGAUGAAGUGCCUCGGUAGUACUCUGCGGGAAAGGUCUGUUGAGCCUAGCAUAAAGACCAUUUUAUUCGCUUAUAGACUAUAGAAUUGAUGAGAAACGCAGCAUUCCUUUACUUGCAACAUGAUCAUGCCCAUCCCGAUCCGUACUAAGACU